AUGGGGAGAGUGAAGCGAGAGAUCAAGAAGAUUGAGAAUGUAACAAGCAGGCAAAUCACUUUCUCAAAGAGAAGAAGGGGACUUGUCAAGAAAGCUCAUGAGCUUUCUGUCCUCUGUGAUGUUGAUGUUGCUCUCAUCAUCUUUUCUCCCACUGGUAGAUUUUUAUCUAAAGUUACUGGUAAGAGGGAAGAUGGAGCUGAUCAAAAUCAUCAAUCCAGGGUGAGCAUGAAUUCCCAGUUUGAGGAUUUGCAACAAGAACUCGUGGAGUGUAAAUCUCAGUUAGAGGCCACAGACAAAAGAUUAAGCAUGCUCGAAGGUGGCGCCUCCAAGCACAGAGCCACGUCGCAGAAGACCGAACACGACAAAAGAAUAUUUAAGCAGAUCCCCAAACCUCCCAAACUAAGGAAGGUAAACAUGUAUCCAGAGAAUACAGAUCUUGAUGGUUUGGUCGCAAAAGAUGGAUGCAAUUACUUGGAACCAUUUCCACAGAAAGACCCGGGAGUACAACAAGAAGAUGCCCUCAAUUUUCUUGAUUGCAGUAGUACUCUUCUCCUCCCAAGGUAA